UCUCCCGCGGAGCGCCCGGACGCGGCGGGGGGCCGGCGAUGUGGCAGACGCUGGCCCUCGGGGCGCUCUUGUUCCCGGGACUGUUCGCCUGCUGCAUCCGGAGCCUGCGCCGGAUCGCGCCGGCAUGGAGCCUCAAGGACCGCGUCGUGCUGAGCAGCAGGCUGGUGUCGUCCGUUCAGGCCAUAAUGGCCACCAUCUCCGGGAUCGUCGUCAUCUGCAACUGCAGAGACGUGGUGAAUGACAGGCACUGGAUCGCCCGCGAGUACCUCUGGGUGGUGGUCUCCUACAUGGCCUACGACAUCUAUGCCAUGUACCUUUGCCAUUGGCACAAGAACACGGAAAAGGAGCCGGGCGGCGGGAUGUACUCUCUGGCCAGCGUUCAGCGCUUCCUGCGCCGGGAGAAGCUGAUGCUUACGCACCACCUCUUCAUCCUGCUCGUCCUGACCCCCGUGGCCUCGCUGCUCCGGGGUGAGCGAGGAGACUUCUUCGUCGGCUGCAUCUUCCUGGCCGAGCUGAGCACCCCCUUCGUGUCGCUGGGCAAAAUCCUCAUGCAGCUUCAGAUGCAGGACUCGCUCUUGCACAAAGUCAACGGCAUCCUCGUCUUGGUGACCUUCUUCCUCUGCCGGAUCGCCCUCUUCCCCUUCAUGUACUGGUCCUACGGCCAGCAGGUCGGCCUCCGGCUCCACCUGGUGCCCUUCCACAUCCCCCUGCUUUGCAACGUGGCCAACGGCCUCCUGAUCGCCCCACAGCUCUACUGGUUCGUCCUCAUUUGCCGCAAGGCCCUGCGGCUGUACAGCAGCGUGCCCGACCGAGCCAGAUAACGGGGGCUUUGGACCUGUCCCGCGGGCGCCUCGCCACACCUGUGCUGUGCGUGGGGCGGGCGGGCACCUUCGAAGCUGCGGGUUUUCCGGGGGAACACUUCCCUCCAGCGAGACCUGGGCUCGUCUCCGUCGCCGAGGGACAAGGCUGCAAGGGGCGGUGGUUUCGGCCGAAAGGCUUUGCCGCCCCACAGAGGAUUCUCCGGGCCUCCUGUCGUGGCCGUUGCCGCGUUCCAGAGGCGAGCAGAGGUCCAGCAUGGCAGAUCCAGGGAGAGCCCUGCUCCCGAUAUGCCAAUUCGUGACCGCAAGGGCUGGUUUCGCAGGCCAGGGAAGCAUCGGAAAAACAUCCCUUCCCAGGGCUCCCGCAACAGCCGUCUUGAGUUUCCUCCGGCCCUGCACACAAUGCCGACUCCUCUCGUCCAAACCUCUGCACCCCGUUCUCACAAUGCCACACCAAGAUCCCAGCUGCGUCCUUGGGCUGCCAGUUUUCUUAGAAACCAAACAAAUUGUCUCCUUUCACAACUUAGCCGGGAGGGGCAGAGGUAAAAUUUUGCUUCUCUCACUCCGAUAUUGAAAGCACCUCCUUUCAAAUAAUCAUCGAAAAAGAUUUCUAAAGCCGAAGGACUCAUUUCCUACGAACUUGUCUUUGAAAUGAGCUUUUCUUCUUUUUUUAAGCCAGGUUUCUAGUCCUUAUGCAUGCAAAGAUGGGGAAUGCAGUGUGAAACUGCAGAAGCGAAGAAACAGGCUGAGCAAGAUCACCUGUGAAAGGUGGGCAUAUGAUGUACGUUACUGCUUCUUUUCACGCCUCAAAGAAGCUGAAUAAAUCAUACAAAAUAAACCACCCUAUGAAGGCUCAUCCCAGAGCGCCGUGAUGGCGGUCCCUGGGUUUCAUUAAGGGUUUGAUUCCAGGCAGCUCCAGCUAAAAGAAGAUUUCAGCAGGGGAAGACAAGAGGUAGGUGCUCGGAUACACACCACUCUUUCCCCCCGGCGUUUGCCGUAUCUGCACUGCGGAGGGGAACCUGGCAUUUUGGGGGACGGAGUGGAUAUUCCAAGGAAGCCAGCUGCUUCUGAAACGGGAUCCGGCAUGGGUUCCAGAAGCCAGGAGGCUGGGCCAGGCGUAGGCCAAGGAGGUGGGAAGAUGCCGCGUGCGAGCCAACUGUCCAGCCAUCCGGCACUUCCCUGUCUUGCCGAAGGAUUGGAAAGAGAGAGGAGGACCGUUCGCAGAAGGGGGUGAAAGGAGCACGAAGGACGUCGGACGUUUGUCGCAGGGCACGGGGCCAACAGAGGUUGUGUGAACGCGCCCGAUUCUCCUUCUUGCACAGUGCUGGGGCCCGCUCCGAUCUGGAUCCCCAGCGCCCAGCCGAGAGCACCGCUGGGGCCUCAGCUGGGCCUCAUCCAGGCCCUGCAAGCCUCCGCAGCACCUUCUGAGCCUGGCCUAUGGGGGCCCAGGCCCUGGACUGGCUUUUGCGCCCCCGAAUCUAUCCCCCGGAGCCUGUGGGUGCCACUGGAAGUUUUUGCUUGGCAUAAUUGCCGGACUGCAGCGGGGGGAGGGGGGAGGUUGGAUCCUUCCCUCCCCACCAGGGUCACAUCCUGACCCCCCCCCCCCGAAAAGGGCCUCCCCUUGUAGGGGAAUUCAGCUAAGUAAAACAAACACACUUGCAUUGCUGGAGGUUGUUCUUGGGGAGGCAGUUAAUGGACUGGUUUAUUUUACUGGCGACGAGACGGCUGAGAAGUUGAGGGUUUGGGGACCUUUCUGGACCCAAGGCACCAUUGGGAACCUGGGAAGGGCUGUGGGCACCACCACAGAACUGGCUCCUGCCCCUCCUAGCCUCUCGGCUCGCCAUUUCUCUCCCCGGCUCCCUUCGCCUUGCCCUGUCCCUCUUCCAGUCUCCAGCGUCACGGUCUUGCCCUGUCACUUCAGCCAGUCCCUCCCCUUCUCCGCCCCUGCCCUUCAUGGCUGCAUCUCCAGUUUGCCUUAAACUGUGUCUCCCCCCAGAUGUUUUGGCCUUCCGCCCCCAGAAAGCAAGCGCUCCGGCCACUGAGUGGACCAUCCUCCAAAUAGUAAAGCUUUACACUGACCUGAGCGAACGCUCUACAAAUAUUUUCCACUUCUCAAUAAGCUCAUCCGCUGGUGUAGCUGGACCAGAACCAACUAGCAACACACCGCCGUGGUUGCCAUAUUUAUUCCUCUCACAACGGUCUGCGCUUUUCCUCCCUCCACGUUUCUGGCACGUUCCGGAUGUGUUGGACUGAGAGACGUGCUGGUCAGGCAAGCCUGGUGUUGUUUUUCCAACAUUUCGGAAACACCGCAGGUGGACGGAGGGCGCUCUGCACCGUCAAUUUGGUUUGGUCUUUCCAAGCAGAGCAAACCAACCCCAAGUUGGAGAGAGGCCUUCAAAAAGCUUCCCGAAGUUUGGGAGCAGGGAUAAGAGCCAGAUGUGUCUUUAUUUGCUCUCGAUGUGCCUUCUCCCUGGAUCCACUGGAGCACGAACAGCAAAAAUAACCCCAGCGAGACCUGUACUGUAUUUGUUGACUGACUUCUAAUAGCCCAUCCGCCGGGAUGCUCUGACAACAUGUGUGGUCCUCAGAAAGGUCAUACGGGACAUGUUCGAACAAGCCGGAAGGCGUUCAAGGCCGGCUCUGCGCUUUGGUCCAUUCGGUCCUCCAGGGGUCUGGAACAGCCUGCUAAAAGAUGCAUGUUUCUGGAGUCAGCAGUUCUCUUGUGGAACCAUGAGCGGGUGGACGCGCGCAUGGGCACCUUCUCACUGUGACAUCUCCUUCACCCACAGGCGGAGAGAUGAGAAAGACUGCCGUUAAGCCACUGGAUAACGGCACUCCGGCAGCUGGGAGCGGACUAAUAAAAUAUUUCACUGUCGAA